CUGUCACGCUCUCUCUCUUUCCCUCGACGCGUACAACGUUCAGCAAAAGAAAUGGCUGAACCUCAGGCUGUGUAUGCUACUGAUGAGUAUGGGCGACCCUUCAUCAUCGUCCGAGAACAAGGCAAGAAAACUCGAUCCCAUGGUGUAGAAGCAAUCAAGUCGCAUAUUCUUGCGGCACGGACCGUCGCCAAUAUUAUACGAACCUCCUUGGGACCAAGAGGGCUCGACAAGAUCCUUAUAUCACCGGAUGGUGAAAUAACAGUCACAAAUGACGGGGCAACAAUUCUGGGUCAGAUGGAAGUGGAACAUCAGAUUGCAAAACUGCUUGUCCAGUUAUCAAAAAGCCAGGACGAUGAAAUUGGCGAUGGAACAACCGGUGUCGUUGUCCUCGCCGGUGCUUUGCUAGAGCAAAGUGAGGCACUUUUGGACAAAGGUAUACAUCCUAUCCGAAUUGCUGAUGGAUUCGAUCGUGCCUGUGCUGUAGCAGUCGAGGAACUUGAUCGUAUAUCUGACCGGGUGGAAUAUUCGAGGGAGAAUACUGAAAAUCUUCUAAAGACAGCCAUGACUAGUCUUGGAAGCAAAAUUGUGUCGAAAGAACACCAACAGUUUGCUCAGAUUGCCGUGGAUGCUGUCUUACAAGUGGCUGACCUCGAUAGACGUGACGUUCCUUUCGACCUUAUUAAGGUGGAUGGCAAAGUUGGAGGUUCGCUAGCGGACACCCAAUUGAUCAAGGGUGUUCUCAUUGACAAGGACAUGUCCCAUCCACAAAUGCCUCAUUCAGUAAAGGAUGCCCGACUCGCUAUCCUUACAUGUCCUUUCGAGCCCCCUCGUCCAAAAACGAAGCAUAAGCUAGACAUCACCAGCGUGGAGGAGUAUAAGAAACUUCGAGAGUAUGAAAAGGAGAAGUUCACAGACAUGGUCAAGCGCGUCAAAGACACGGGCGCCAAUUUGGUGAUCUGUCAGUGGGGUUUCGAUGACGAGGCCAAUCAUUUGCUAAUGCAAAAUGAGUUGCCUGCUGUGAGAUGGGUCGGUGGUCCGGAAAUAGAGCUCAUCGCAAUAGCGACGCAAGGUCGCAUUGUACCUCGUUUCGAGGACCUUACUGCUGAAAAGUUGGGCAAGGCUGGUAUCGUUCGGGAAGUCUCGUUUGGUACGACACGCGACAAAAUGCUAGUCAUUGAGAAAUGUGCAAACACUAGAGCGGUGACGAUAUUUGUUCGAGGCAGCAACAAAAUGAUUGUUGACGAGGCGAAGCGUGCCUUGCACGACGCACUGUGUGUUGUCCGAAACCUUGUCGUAGAUAAUCGGGUCGUUUAUGGAGGAGGAGCCGCUGAUAUAAGUUGUGCAAUCGCGGUAUCCAAGGCGGCGGACGAGAUACCGUCAAUCGAGCAGUACGCAAUGCGUGCGUUCGCGUCUGCGCUCGAUGCUGUUCCACUCGCGCUGGCGGAGAACAGUGGUCUGUCGCCUAUCGAGACUUUAACAGACGUACGAAGCCGACAGAUCAAGGAAGGUAACUCAAGACUUGGUAUCGACUGCAACGGGCGGGGUCAGAACGACAUGAAGGAGCAAUUUGUGUAUGACCCGCUCAUUUCAAAACGGCAACAAUAUCUGUUGGCAACCCAGCUCGUGCGGGCAGUAUUAAAGAUCGACGACGUCAUAAUCGCUGGGGAAGCCGACGAAUAGACGAGAAGUAGUAUUUCGAGGAUGUAACAUUUAGUAUACUUUGCUAAUG